CAUAAAAGUAAAAAAUAAUCCAAAAUUAUAUACAUGUCCAACGCCAACUCUAAUUUUCUAACUUUUUUCCUAAAUUUUAAGAUUCUUAUGUCCAAAUGCCCACUUAGAUGCACCACCUCCAAAAAAGAAACUGGCAAUAAACAGACUAUGGAAAAGCAAUCAUGCUUGGCACCGAAGCAGGUAGGUUUCCUUCCGUACCAUGGCUCGGACAACAAGUGUACCUUAACGCGUACACACUUUCAGUUUAUAAAUUUGUAGCUCCACCCCCUUCUUUCUCUGCCUCACAACUCAACCAAAUCCACCUUCAUUUCCAACCUUCCCCAUUUUAAUUUGCUCUUAAACCAGAGCCCCUAUACUAUACUUUAUUUAGGCAGACGCCAACUUUCUCUGAAAAACUAUCCUUUUCUUCUAUUCUUUCUUCUGCAUUGGAUGUGGAGAGGAGUGAGUACUACAAAUUGGCUUUGCUGCAGAACAAAAUAUGGAGCGUCCUCAGUACUAUGCACCAGCCCAUAUUAAUGUGGAGUCAUCAUCUCGGCCAUCUCUAGGCUUCCCUCUUGGCACUGGCGUUCUCUUAAUUGUCAUAUUCAGCUUGAGUGGCAUCUUUUCUUGCUGCUAUCACUGGGAAAAAAUUCGUUCCCUCCGCCGUCGAUCUUUCGCCGACGCCCAUCCUGCAUCCUUGAAACCCAAACACGCCCACAUGAGUGAGAAACAGAACCGUAGCCAAAUCUUGCCGGCAGUGUUAAUGCCAGGUGAUCAAGUUCCAAAAUUCAUAGCAUUGCCUUGUCCAUGUCAGCCUCCCCGACCAGGAAAGGUGGUUGUAGAGGUUCAGACGCCGCCGCGGCCGCCGCCUUCACCUCCUAAGCCAAUUCGUAUGGUGGUGGGAUUACCUUUGUAUUAGUAUAAGCAGAGUAUUACUGAUUUGGGACUCGGCUCAUUGGUGUAUAGCAGAGUGUAUAUAUUGAAUUGUGGUUAUCAACCAAACUCCCAACCUUUUGAUUUGUUAAUACCAAUGAAAUUUUUAUAAUUCCCUGGUAAGUGUUUGCAGUCAGCAGGGCAGAGUAAUUAGCUCGAUGCAGGUGUUAACUAUAACUUCCCAAAAUGAAGGAAAACGGUUCUUUGUUUUAUGUUUUAACACCUUAAUUGAGAUGCAGAUGAGUGUUGUUGGUUUA